AUGAAGGCCGCACUUUUGGCUAUAGGUGUGCUGGCAGCGACUACUUCGGCCAAUGCGAAAUUCUGCCGUUGUCAACCUGAUCAGCCAUGCUGGCCAAGUGAUGACAGCUGGGCUCGUCUGAAUUCCUCAACUGACGGGAAUUUGGUCAAAGUCACACCAUAUGCGCUGCCUUGCCAUGACCCGACGUUCAACGAGGCAGAAUGUACCAUUGCCAAGACCAACUCAAACAGUUCUUCUUACAGAUCAUCCGAUCCAGGCGCUUUGCAAUGGUCAAAUUGGGAAGCAUGGCCCGAGAAAGAUGAGCAGUGCUACAUCGAAACAUCAAAGACGACACCAUGCAAACAAGGUCGUAUACCACUCUUCUCGGUCAAGGCCCAAGAGGCAAAGCACAUCCAAGAAGCUGUCAACUUUGCGGCAAAACAAAAUCUCAAGCUCGUCAUUAAAAACACAGGACACGACUUCGUCGGGCGCUCUUCUGCUCCGAACUCUCUUCAAAUCUUCACUCAUGAGAUGAAAGAAAUUUCUAUUUUGGACGAUUUUGUUCCUACCGCCCCAAAGAACAAACGAGCUCCGCCAGGUAUCAAGGCGGUGACUCUUGGGGCGGGCGUUCAAUUGCAUGAGAUGUAUUCGUACCUAGGUUCGCGGGGCUUGAUGGUGGUUGGGGGAACAGCGAACACCGUUGGUAUUACCGGUGGGUAUAUUCAAGGUGGCGGUCACUCCUUACUGGGAUGGCUUCAUGGGAUGGCAAGCGACAAUGCCCUUGAGUUCCAUGUCGUCUUAGCCGAUGGCUCCCUCGUUGUCGCAAAUGAUUACCAAAACUCGGAUCUCUUCUUUGCUCUACGUGGAGGCGGAGGCGGAAGUUUUGGUGUAGUAGUCAGUGCUACCGUCAAGGCCCAUCCCGAUUACCCUACGGUCGUGGCCACUAUCAAUUAUACCACGCCCAUCGGUGCUCCAUACUGGGACGGUGUCGAUGCACUUCAAAAGCAUAUUCUUGAGAUCAACGAUAAAGGAGGCACUGGCUUCUAUGGACUGGUGCCCAACACGCCUAUUUCGGAUUCACAAACCGUAUCGCUGAUGAUUCUUUCCGCGACAUUUGUGAACCAAACGGACACCAAGGCAAUUGAGGAUCUCCUGGCGCCUGUGAAGUCUGAGAUCAAAGACGCGAUAGGUUUGGAGCCUUACUUUGAUGUCACGGCGUUGCCUUCACUGUCAACAUACUACUCAGCAUUGCUCGGAGAAAACGAUACGACCGGUCUCCAAAUCCGUUUCGCCAGCCGUCUGAUAUCGCGAGAUUUAUUCGAAUCAGGCAACCAUAACAAGCUCACCAAGGCUGUCUCAAGUCUCCGAUAUGGCCCAGGGGACGCAAUUGUCGGCGCAAUUGUUGCUGGCGGUCAGGUAUCCGAGAAUCGCGACAUUGAAUCCGGGCUCAAUCCCGCCUGGCGGGACGCAUUGGUCCAUGUGAUAGCCGCCCACUGGAUGAGCCCCGAGAUGACAUUCGACCAACAGAAAGCAUUGGAAGCCAACAUCACCAAUGUAGAAGUCCCACUACUCAAGUCCCUGGAGCCAGGCAAGAUGGGCGCCUACAUGAACGAAGCCGAUGCCGACGAGACCGACUUCCAGGAAUCAUUCUGGGGCGACAACUACCCUCGGCUUCGUGAGAUUAAAGCACUGCGAGACCCGUACGAUCUAUUCAUUGUGCGCAAAGGAGUUGGGAGUGAGGACUGGGAUGAUAGCGGUUUGUGUCGCGUGUAA